AUGAAUCAGGAGCUUAUUAAUUUGUUCUCUACUUUAUCCCAAGAUCCUACUCUUGUUCGAAAGAAAGUUCUCGAAUAUGGGUCCGACUUUUUGGGAGGAGAAUGGAAGACGUUGACUGAGAAUGAUGUAGACGUGGUUCAGAUGACUGGUGGUCAAUCCAAUCUUUUGUACCUGGUCAAAGGAAAAUUCGCAUCUGAAUCCACCACGCCUUCUUGCUUCUUAGUACGCCUUCACUGCCAACAAGAAAACCAAGUGUUCACGGAUACUGUAGUUUUCUCAAUCAUGUCUGAACGCGGACUCGGCCCUAAACUCUACGGAUUUUUCCCUGGUGGACGAUUGGAACAAUUCCUUCCAAGCGUUACUCUUGAUAAUGAUACAGUAUCCGACCCACAAGUGGCUGUGAAAAUCGGCGCGAAUCUCCCGAAACUUCAUGCAAUUGAAGUUCCGAUUCCUAAAAGACCAAGAGCAAUCGUAAUGAUUCAAGAAUUUCUGGAAGAGUGUCGCGCCACUGGUAAGAGCACAUUCAAAUUCGUUCCCGGAUCCGUUGAUUUCAAAGAUACCGCCAUUCCGAAUGAAGUCACGAUUGAUGAGUUGGAAGAAGAAGUUGCGAAAUUUGAGAAGAUGUGCUCCAUUUUCAAUGAUACUGUAGUUUUUGCUCAUAAUGACCUUUGGUCAGCCAACAUUCUUCAGCUCAACGACACCAAAGAAAUUGUCUUCAUCGAUUUCGAAUAUUCUUCAUAUAAUUGGAGAUCGUAUGAUUUGAGUAUGCACCUAUCUGAAUGCGCUUUCGACUAUCGAGUACCAUUCCCUCCUGGUGUCCACGUCAAUCAAGUAUUCUUCGAGAACCAUCCGAAUAUCAAAAUUUUCUGUGAAGCCUACAUUGACACUCUUUAUGAGAUGAAAAAAGAGAAUCCAGAUCAAAAAUAUCCAUUGACCGAUAACCGUGAAAAAGAAGUGCAUCGUCUAAUCCAAGAAUGCAAAUUCUUCCUCCCACUUGUCAAUUUGUGUUGGGCUACAUGGUCCAUUAAAAAUCUCUGGAGUGGUAAAGAAGAUGAUGUGGAUUUGACAGUGGCUGCGAGCAAUCGGCUUUGUGUGUUCUAUCAUUUCAAGUCCCAAUCUGAAGCAAUUUUCAACGAAUUGAAAAACCAGUAA